AUGACUACCUCCAAAGCAGAAAUUGGAGAGAUCCAAUCAGAAGAACCCCAGCUGUCAUAUACCAGAACAGCCGACAAAUUUACAAGACUCUCUGAUCAAGUAUACCUCCUCGCAGCGCCACAAAAUAGUCUUGAUAAAGACAUCGCCGACCAACAUGGGCCAGACACGAUACUUCUUUUCGGCUGGGGCGACGCCAGCCUCAAACAUGUCGCCAAAUUCGCCGAUGGCUUCCGCAUCCUGUUCCCCGGAGCCAAAAUCAUACUCGUUCUGGCACCAAUCUUCAAGGGCUUGUUUUCGAGUCAAGACGAUAGGAUUAGCUGCGUUCAGCCACUCAUCCACGAAGCAUUUGGCACCGAGUCUGCCGCCCACACACCUGGGAAGGAUCCGUCAGUCCUGGUUCAUGUGCUGUCGAGCACAGGAUGUCUGUACUUCACCGCCACUCUUGAAGGGUAUCGAAACGCCUUCGGGCAAGUGAUGCCACACUCGUUGCUGGUCAUGGACUCCACGCCCGGGUCCAUUGAUCACAGCCCGAGCAAAAUUGGGAGAAUGGCGGAUGCGAUGGCCGUUGACGCUAGGUCCAAGGUUCCGUGGCCGCCACAAGUCACCAAGGUCAUGUGCAUCAUGCUUCUCUAUAUGCUGCGCGCUCUAGAGCUGGCUCGUUCACGCGAGAAUCUACUUGUUGUCGCUUUUAGGAUGGCGAAUGAUGAGAUAUUUGAGACGAAGUUAGCCAGGCGGCUGUACAUAUACUCCAAGGAGGACCGCACCACUGCGUGGGAAGCUGUAGAGAAGCACGCAGAUGAGGCGAGGGAGUUGGGUUACAUGGUCGACAGCAGCUUAUGGGAGGGCAGCGGACACGUUGAGCACAUGAGAAAGUCACCGAAGAAGUACUGGAGUAUCAUCAGCAAAGCUUGGGAGGAAGCUAAUGGUUCUUUGGUCGUAAAGGCUCGUCUAUAA